UUGAGGAAAAGCUGAGCAAAAAGCAUAAUGGUUUAGAUCAGCGACCCACCUCCAAAAAAGCUCACCAGUCUUGGAGAAAGUAUAGAUUCUAAACAAUGCAUUCUCAGGACCCACGCUGAAACAGGUUGAUGAUGGUAUUCGUUGAGCGUGUAUUAAAGUAGUAAUAAGAAAGAAAACAACUUUGGAUUUAAACCCUUUUUAGGGUUUAAAGGCAGAAUAGUGACUUCUUUUUUUCGUUUACUGAGAAUCUGGUUUUAUGAAUUUUCUGCAAAUGAACUUGUCGAUGUUUUGGUAAUUAGGAGUUGAAAUCCGUUUUAUUUCAGUGAUCCAUCGCUGUAUUUAUGCCAGAAAAAACCCAAGAAUCUUUACCCUUGGUUCCUGAUGCCAAAGAACUUCAUUAUUUUUCCUGUUUCAGAGUAAUCACAUCUCUGGCUGUUUUGCCAAAUCUUCCCAAAAUUGAAUAGUUUUGAUAGCCUCUUUUACUAUCUGCGAUGUCAGAAAAGAGCCGGCUGCACUCGAUCCGGCUCCUUUUCCGCCUAAUAGCCAUUUCAAUGUUUUUCGUAAUCCUACCGUCUCUGUUCCUUCUUCAAUUUGUUGACAUAUCUUUCACACCCGGCUCAGUUUUGAAUCUUAUUAUUGUUAAUAACACCUCAGUUUCCUUCAAAACUAAGUUUACAAGUGAAACAAUUCAACCUUCUCUCCCCUCUUCCGUGGCUUCACCAGUAUAUAGUAACCAUCCCUUGAAAACCGAAGCGGUAGACCAUCAAACGUCCACUCCCUCCAACAAAUUGGGUGCCUUAGUAAAUGAGGAAGGCAAGAUAACCUAUGACCCAAAUCAUGCUCCCCUUCGGGUUUAUAUGUAUGAAUUGCCUCCUGAAUUUCACUUUGGGUUACUGGGUUGGAAAGGAACUGGAAAUCAAAUAUGGCCAGAUGUCGUCAACUCUAGUCAAAUCCCUCGAUACCCGGGUGGUUUAAACUUACAGCAUAGCAUGGAGUACUGGCUCACCCUUGAUCUACUAUCAUCAAACACUCAGAAUCUGGUCAGACCGUGCACUGUUAUCAGAGUGCAUAAUUCAAGCCAAGCGGAUAUAAUUUUUGUGCCAUUCUUCGCAUCUCUGAGUUACAAUAAGCAUUCUAAGCUUAACGGAAAGGAGAAAGUUAGUGUCAACAGAAUGCUGCAGGAUAAAUUGGUGGAGUUUCUAAAGGGUAGGGAUGAAUGGAAGCGAUUGGGUGGGAAGAAUCAUCUAAUUGUAGCACACCAUCCUAAUAGCAUGUUGGUUGCAAGGAGGAAGCUAGGGUCUGCCAUGUUUGUUCUUGCAGACUUUGGGAGGUACCCAGUGGAAAUAGCGAACAUUCAAAAGGAUGUAAUCGCUCCUUACAAGCAUCUUGUGAAGACCAUUGCUGCUGAGGAAUCUGCCCCGUUUGAAGGGCGCUCUGUGUUGGUGUAUUUCCAAGGAGCUAUUUAUAGGAAAGCUGGUGGAGCAGUUCGUCAAGAACUAUACUACCUCCUUAAAGAUGAAAAAGAUGUCCACUUCUCAUUUGGAAGCGUUCAAGUAAACGGAAUCAAUCAGGCAGGACAAGGGAUGGGCUCAUCCAAAUUCUGCUUAAAUAUUGCUGGGGACACCCCUUCCUCAAAUCGCCUCUUUGACGCCAUUGCUAGCCAUUGUGUUCCUGUAAUAAUUAGUGAUGCUAUCGAGCUACCAUUUGAGGAUGUCUUGGACUACUCAGAGUUCUGCAUAUUUGUACGUGCAUCAGAUGCUGUCAAGAAAGGGUUCCUACUGAAUCUUCUACGGGGAAUUAACCGUGAGAACUGGACCAGAAUGUGGGAGAGAUUAAAGCAUAUUACACGGCACUUUGAGUAUCAGUAUCCAUCUCAACCCGGUGAUGCAGUGAAUAUGAUUUGGGAGGCAGUUUCACGUAAGAUAUCAUCAAUACAGUUGAAAGACCACAGGAAGAACAGGUACCGCAGAUAUCAGCCUCUUGUUAAGAUCACGUAAUUAUGAGUUUUGCGGAGUGAUAAAUCUAUUGUCUAUAUGGAUAUAUGGUGACCUUGUCUUUUCAUUGUCUAUAUGGAUAUAGGGAUAAAUUUAUUGUCUUUUUUGAGUUGUUCAAAAGAAGUAAGCUUAGUAUUUUCAAAAAUAAGUGUCUUAUCAACUUUUUGUUUCCACGUCUCCUGUAGCUUUGUAAUCCUCUUGCUGAUUCAAUAUCAAUCUCUGUGAAUUUCCCAA